GAUUCGGACGACAUCUACCACAACGAUAAACAGUUACUUUUCUUUGAACGAAAUAAUCUCAGCGUUGUAAUUGAAUAUGACGAAUUCUUAGAUCAUUUGCAAUUCCAUUUUAACUGGGACGAUUCUUUGCACGAAUUCUUAAUAGUUACAUUAACACACAUCCCAAGUACCAACACAAGCAUUCAUUGUGGUGUUGACAUCGAAGAAACCAUCUACGGUCCCGAUUAUUUCCUCGGAAGCAGGGACGAACUCAAUUUCGGUUGUACUUAUCUCAUAACAGUUAAUGACAGCUUCGAAAGCCUAUCUUUUAAUUACUCCAUACCUUAUUGUGUCGAUGGAAAAUGCGAUUGCAACCAUUUCCCGCUACCGAUGAACAUUACCGUGGAGUAUCAACGCAAAGACGAAUUUUUAAUUGAAUGGAUUUUUGGGAAUCCCCAAGAUGAAGCGGUUUUAGUGAACGUCACGUUUAUUUCCUACGUAAUUGAGAAUUGCGGCGAUUUUUCUGCAUCUCAAUACACUUUAAUGGAACCUAAAUAUAAAUUAUUAGAUUCGAAUAAUUCCGCUUUGAUUUUUACCGAAAAUCACCCCCAUAUAUGUUUAUUAAUUACCUUUACAAACAAAUUUGGUUGCCCUGAACGAUAUUUGAGGCGAUUAGAAGUCAUAAAACAGGAUCUUUCUCCUUGGCUCAACAUCUCCUACACGUUUAUCUUGGUAAUUAUCUUAUUGGUCAUCAUAGCACUUUGGUACAUCGAUAAAUGCCGAGGAACAAUCAAAGCUUUAUUAAUCUCGAGGUUUUUAAACCGAAGGCGAAGAAACCACCACAACAUUUACGGCUAUGCUACCGAAACCACGAAAAAGAUCGAAACAAACAAUUUGUUGUACAUCGAAAGCGAAAUUCUCGAAGGAGAGGUCGAUGAAUUCGAAUUUCCAAGAAACCAUUUAAAACUUUUAUACGAAAUUGGAAAAGGAGCCUUCGGCGAAGUUUAUCUUGGAAACGCGCUCGUUAAUGGCAAAGAAGAAUCGGUCGCUGUUAAAACGUUGCGAGAAAAAUCUUCGAUUGAAGAGGUCGAAGAUUUCAGAGCGGAAAUCGAUAUAAUGAAAAAAAUCGGGCAACAUCCCAACAUUGUGACGAUGCUGAAAUGUUGCACUCUUCACGAACCGUUUAUGAUGAUUAUGGAAUACGUUCCUUACGGAGAUUUGAAGCAUUACUUAAUGAAUUUGAGAGAUAAGUGGAAGAAGAAGCUAAUUAAUUAUAAUGAUGACGUCUACAAUGGAUCUGGGAUGUAUAUUAACCCAAAUUCGCCGAGAUUUGAGAAAACGAAGAAGCCUUCAACAAGUA